UUAAUCAAAUGAGGAACCGGCAUAAGGCGCACUUGAUUUUCGGGAUUUAUCACUAGUGUUGAACUUAUUCGGCUGAGCAGCAGUGUACAUACAUACAUACAUAAGUACAUACAUAUUCCUUUCCAGGGAGGUCAAUUUAUUUUGACUUUAGUCGAUUUUUACGGCGCUUCAAUGAUUGCAUUAAUACUGGGCAUAUUGGAGCUCUAUGUUCUGGGUUGGAUUUAUGGAGUGGAUCGACUUUGUAAGGAUAUAGAAUUUAUGAUUGGCCACAAAGUGAGUCGAUACUGGCGUUUUUGUUGGGCGUUCAUCACACCCGGAAUAAUGACGUUGAUUCUGAUUUACUUCUUCGCUACAUACCAAUCACUCACCUACAACAAUGUUGAAUAUCCGAAUUGGGCUUAUGCGCUUGGCUGGACAAUUACUGCCCUGGGUGUAAUACAAGUUCCAUUAUGGGCCAUAGUGGCGAUCGUGCGCCAACCUGGCGAAAGUGUAAAUGAGAAAGUUCGUGGUGCCUUCCGACCUGUACGUAAUUGGGGCCCGUCGGAUCCCCUGCUUCGUGAACAAUACAAUAAGAAUCUCGCGAAUGAGAGUAAUUCGAUGGGCACGGGUUGCUGGGCCAGGGUCAAGAAGAAUUUUCUCAGUUGAACAGAUAUGUGAUUCAUUAGGCAGAAAAUACUGUUUAAUGCUUGCCAAAAUUGAUAUACAUUUGUAUUAUAGAUUAAGCAGAAACGAGUACACUUAUUGUAUAAAUAUAAUACUAAACUAUGUGCAUAUGCAUGUACUUGAAUCUAUGGAAAAUCGCCAGUAUAAGCUUUAAAUAAACAUGUUGCACAAGUA